AUGGUGCUCUUUCUCUCUCAGGUUUGAUUCAUCUAGAGGCACUCAGUGGGGAGGAGCCAUGACCGAGGGGGAGGGGCAGUUCUACAGCGUGCAGGUGGGUGACUCCACCUUCACGGUCCUCAGAAGGUACCAGCAGCUCUGCGCCAUUGGAUCCGGUGCCCAGGGUAUCGUCUGCUCUGCUUUGGACACCGUACUUGGCAUCCCAGUCGCUGUGAAGAAGCUGAGCCGGCCCUUCCAGAACCAGACCCAUGCAAAGAGGGCUUAUAGAGAGCUGGUCCUGCUCAAGUGUGUUAAUCACAAGAACAUCAUCCGUUUGCUUAAUGUCUUCACACCCCAGAAGUCAUUGGAAGAGUUUCAGGAUUUGUACUUGGUAAUGGAACUGAUGGACGCUAGCCUUUGUCAGGUGAUCCACAUGGAUCUGGACCAUGAGAGGAUGUCUUACCUGCUCUACCAGAUCCUGUGUGGCAUCAGACAUCUACACUCAGUUGGCAUCAUUCACAGGGAUCUGAAGCCUAGUAACAUCGUAGUGAAGUCUGACUGCACGCUAAAGAUCUUAGACUUUGGGCUGGCCAGAACCGCCUGCACUAACUUCAUGAUGACACCCUACGUAGUAACCAGAUACUACAGAGCACCAGAGGUCAUCUUGGGAAUGAGAUACAAGGAGAAUGUGGAUAUCUGGUCGGUGGGCUGCAUCAUGGGUGAGAUGGUUAAAGGAAGUGUCAUAUUCCAGGGAACUGAUCAUAUUGACCAGUGGAAUAAAGUGAUUGAGAUUUUGGGAACCCCCUCUCUGGAGUUUAUGAACCGUUUGAUGGAGACUGUAAGGAAUUAUGUGAUGAACAAACCCCAGUUUCCUGGAGUCAGCUUUAAUGAGCUUUUCCCCGAUUGGGCCUUCCCUUCAGAGACAGAGCAUGACAAGAUCAAAACUAGUCAAGCCAGAGACCUGCUGUCAAAGAUGCUGGUAAUCGACCCUGAAAGCCGCAUCUCUGUGCAGGAGGCCCUCAAUCACCCUUACAUCCGUGUGUGGUACGACCCAGCCGAGGCCGACGCGCCUCCUCCACAGAUAUCAGACAAGCAGUUGGAGGAGCGGGAACACAGCAUUGAGCAGUGGAAAGAGUUGAUUUAUAAAGAAGUAAUGGACUGGGAGGAGAGGAACAAGAAUGGAGUGCUGAAAGAGGAGUGUUUAGUAGACAGUACGGUGAACAGCAGCACCACUGCCUCCCAGUCAUCCUCUAUUAACGACAUCUCGUCCAUGUCGACGGAGCAGACAUUGGCCUCAGACACCGACAGCUCCUGCAUCGACACCCUAACAGGACCAUUAGAGGAGUGACUUGAGUGGCUUCAACCUCCCCCGUCUUCUCGCUUAUGUCACAUCCCUCUCCAUCACCUGUGUGGGCCAUGCCGUGGUCUUGACUGAAGCCAACAGAGGGUGCACGUUCAUUCAGCUUCAAGUUUACACUCGUAAUCCUUCACUCUUGCUUUUAAGGGGCUGUUUUCGCUCGCUUGUAUCAGACAUUUGUGUAAUAUUAGCUCUUAGACAAAUCUGUUGUGGCUAAAGCUCGGUUUACACACCAACAGCAAAAUCUAAAAUCUUUAUUAUUGUUUUCUUUUAUGUUUGACUGCAUCUUCACAGUCAUAGUUUUACAUAAAAAAAACUGUUCAUAAAUGGGCAAAUAAUACAUAAUAGGUUUAUGAUUUAAUGCAUUCACAUUUCACUUCAUAUCUAAAAUUAAGUCUAGUGGCGUUAUUGCAGCAGCAUGUGUAAUAUCUGGAUUUAUCCCUGUCAUUUAUGUCCCCUCUCUCUCUCUGUGCGAUGUAGCUUUUAUUACCGUUCAUUUCAUCACCUAAAAGAAGCACAGAUAUAAAUUCUUGGACAACUUUAUAGCUAGUCAGUCCCUUUGGAAUGAGUUCCUGUUACAAGUAUUGCUGCAUGAUAUUAACAAAGAACACUUACUAGACAGAUAUUGUAACUACAGAUCACUGAAAUAUGCCUAAACACACCUAGAAACAGAACUAUAGUGCCUGCCUCUGUACAUAGUCACCAUACACCCAUUUUAAAAGAGAACCUAAUGAUGCUUUUCAGUUUGUUAGGGUAUAGUCGUGUAUAUAUACGUACAUAGAUUCUGUGUAAAUGUUCAGUUUUUCUUUCUUUGUGCUGUGUGGAAAGAAUUUUACAGCUUCUGAAUAUGCUUUAGCAUAUGUACUUUAAAACAAACUAUGUGAAUGGGACUUGAAAUUGAUUUAAAAAGAAAAUUGCACAGACGUUUAAAAGUGAGAAUACUGUUUAAAAAAGAAAAAGGAAAAAAAGAACAAAAACUUCUAGAUAUCCAAUGGAAAACUGUGGAUGCAACAUCCUACCCAAUGCCCCUAUUCCUCAUUCCAAGAAUAAUUAAUCACCGCUGACAAGAUGGUGAUUUAUCUCGUAAGAUUGUACAUUUAAUUGCAUGAGCUAAUGCAAACCAUUGCCUUUUUUAAUCUCCUCCAACUUGAAAAGCCCAUAAGAAUGUACAAAGCAAAUUUAUGGUUCCUUUCCUUUUUUUAUUUUAUUUUUUAUUGAUUUGUCAGCUGAUUUUUAUUUCAUCAGUUUCCUCUUCUUAAAGAUGUCCUUUCAGUAAAACACUGACAGAUUUUCAUGUAUGUGUGAAUUAUCAAGGCCAUAUAAUUUCAUUUCUUUUAUAUAUGUCUCUACAUCCUUAGUUUACUGUUUGCAGACUUGCUAUUCAGUGAUAAACUGUGGGUAACCAUGUGCUUAGAGACCUGUUUUGGACUGUGUGAUUCUUUAACAGUGGUAUUCAUGAUGGAAACCCACCCUUUCAUCAGUUUACUCAGCCUCUCUGCAUUCUUUUCCCUCCAGUGUUGUAGAUAUGUAUGAUGAAGUGUCCUGUAUUCUAUGUUAAUUUUUAUGCAUGAUAACACAAGCCCUCUUCAUCCCAGACUUGAGGUCAUUGCAGAGACCUGUCUUCUGGUUGUAAAUGAUUGGAAAGCCUUUGGAAGAUAAUAUAAAUGCAUUGAGUUUGUGUGCCUCCAAGCUCUUCUGACAGACUGAAAUGGGAAUAUCAGUAGGUAGAUCCUUCACUGAUGGACAGGACUGGAGGAUGAACUUAGCAUUACCAUAAUUUUCAUGCCUUAAGCUUCUCACUAUCAGUGUAUCUACAGCUUGGUUUGGAGAUCACAAAAUUAUUGAUGGUAAUGUACAGUACCUACUUUCAAGUUCUUUUUUUAGCAGGCUGGGUUGUUUGCU